CUCCUCUUCUCUUCUCCUACUUCCUCUUCACACCAGUUCCUCUUCUCUUCUCCUACUUCCUCUUCACACCAGUUCCUCUUCUCUUCUCCCUGAAUCGCGUGCGUUCCUGUUGUCUUGAGCCUUGAAGAAUGAAUUCUUCAUCCGCUUCGUCCUCCCGUUCCAGGACAAUGUCUGCAAGUGGAAAGGCCAGGUGUCAAUGUGGUCUCACUCUCAUCAUCUACACAGCUGGUACUCGAGAAAACCCAGAUAGGAGAUUUUUGAGGUGCAGAAGAUGGCAAUUUCCAGAUUCUUGUGGUUUCUUUUUCUGGAUUGAUGAACCACUUAUGGGAAGAAAUGCAGCUCAGGGAAGGCAUGCUCAAGUUGAAAGUGAUGCAAUGAGUUUAAAUUCUGAGAUUGGUAAUGGUCCUGUCACCUCUGUGCAUGUUCUUCCUGAUUUGAAUAAAAAGAUUAACAAACUCAAGAAGAAGCUUGAAGUUGAGAGAUUCCAGAAGAAGAUUGCAUGCUUGUUCACUGUCCUUGCAAUGAUGGUAGCAGUGUGGAGUUUAUGUAUUAGAAAGGGUUGAAAAGUUUAGUUGAGGGAUGGUAGUAUGGAGUAUGUAGGCUAAGGAAGUAUGGAGUAUGCCUGUAUCUUGUGUAUGGAAGUAUGUAGGCUAAUGAAGUAUUUUGUAUAUCUAUCAUGUACUUAUUGCAAGGAUUCCCUGAAGUUAAUGAAAAGAAGAAUAGUUGUUGGGCUACUAUUGAUGUCAUUUAUUUCUUUUGGUUCACAUUGAACUUCAUUCAUUAUACACAUUGAAUAGGCUCAUUGAAUAAGAUUAAAAUGACACAGCAAAAAGAGGCAUCUAAUUAGAAUUAGGUUAACCAUCAACAGCAAUACAUAAGGAGUUAAACUACUCCACUAGUCAUUGUUUGAACAAA